UCCACAUCAGCCUCUCUCCCACCAACACACGCACACACGCCCGCCCCACACACACACACCCACCCACACAGACGCAGUGGCACGAAACGAAAACAAUUAUUUUGCAUCGCAGGCGAUAAGUUAAAAGUGAUUUAGACCGCACUCAAACCAUGUCAGCGGCUGGUAGAUCGGAUGACGAUCCCGGCCAGAGUCCGGUCGUAGACCAAGAACCGGAUCCGGGCCAAUCAACGCCAGCGGUGGCCGAAAUCGCCGCUUCCAGUAUUCGAUCAGGCCUGGCGGAGCUGGAGCUGCGAUCCUCGCAGGUGCUGCAGCGCUUGGAGAACGUUAAGGUAUCGUCCACGCCAGAGAACCCACAUCUCGUCGAGAACGAGAACGAGGAGGAGGAGGCUGGGGAGCGGGUGAUCAGUGAGGACCUCCUGCCAGCGAAGCACCGAGUGCCCUCCGACAUUCUCAAGUCCCUGGAGCAAUUGGUCUCCUACACGGACAGCGACGAUGAUCCCGAGUUCCCGCUGCCCGCCCUGGAUGACGUCUCCCACUUGGCCCUCAUCUCGCACAGCAUUGUGGCCUAUUUGUCGCACCUGGACCGCCAGCAGCUGCUUCGGGUGACGAACAGCAUUUCCGGUGACGCCACCCGAUGGUUGGGCACGUUGUUUCACUUUGCCCACCCGGCGAGCAGCUUCCACGCGGACAAUGCGGACGCAGUCCUGCGCACGGUGCGACUGGCCAUCGUGGCCAGGUGCCCGGGGUACUUGGAGGGUGGCAUACCCGCCUUGGCGCAGCCCACGUUUUAUAUCUCGGAGAAUACGACGCCAAUGAGGCUGCACUACGCCUGCCGCCAGUUGGGCAUCCCGCUGGAGGCCAUCAAGGUCAUACCGGAGCACAGUCAGUCCGGAACAAUGGAUGUGACGCUGCUGCAAAAGCAAAUUCAGCAGGAUGUGGGAAAUAACCGAACGCCGCUGCUGGUGGUCGCCGACAUUGGUGCCUCGUUGUGUGGCUAUGUGGACAACCUGCUCCGGCUAAGGGACGUGUGCAAGGCGCACAACAUGUGGCUGCAUGCCAGUGGCCACGGGCUGGCCGCCCUGGUCUGCGCCCAGAAUCAGGGCCAUGUGGAGGAGGUGCUCCACUCCAUGGCCCUCAAUUUGGGCAGCUGGCUGGGUGUGCCCAGUCUGCCGAUCGUCCUGCUGCACCGUCCGCUACAGAACAGCGCUUUGAGUGCCUUCGAAUCCGAUCCCAUACUGUCGCGUCGUCUCAAUGCCCUGUCCUUGUGGACCAGUCUGCAGGCUCUGGGCCGGAAGGCGAUUGCGGAGCGGCUGCAUGUGGCCUUCCAGACGUGCAGUAUUCUCUUCGAGAUCGCAUCGAAGUGUGAGGGCAUCCGGGUGUUGAGCCAUACUCCUGGAGCGCAGACCGGAGCCUCUUUGUCGGACGUCAUUCAGAACCCCUUCGAUGUGCAGGCGCUUUUUGAUGCCGCCGCCCCUGUGGUCGCCUAUCAGUUCGACGGCAGCACCACAAUUCCGCUCGGUGGGAGUGGCUCCUCCGCCGUCGCCGUCGCUGCUGCUGAGCGGGAGACGGCCGAAGGCCUCAAGCCGCUGGAGAAGAUUAACAAUGCUUCCUACUUUGACCGGCUCAACUCCUGGCUGGGUCAAAUCUUGCAACGCGACUGUCCCAACUUUGACUUUGAGGUGAUCGAACACCCGACGCACGGCAGCUGCAUCCGCUACUGUCCGCUGGAAUUGGGGUUGGGUGAGCAGCCGCCGAGCUCCGAGAACCUGGAGAGCUUCGCUCAGAGCUUAGAGGCACAUGUGGACAUCCUGCGCGCGACCAUCAAGCACAAAGCACGCUUCAUUCAUUUGGUGGAGCGCAGCGAGGUGCUGCGCCUCGUUCCACUGCCCGAAUGGGCGGGCAUGGGUGGCGUUCGCUUCGUGCCCGAGGGCUGGGAGUCUCUGCUGACGGACCAGGCCAAAACAGAGCUGAACAAGCUGAACAUCGACCUGGUGGAGGCCCUGAAGUCCACGGACAAUGCCUUUUCACUAGGCGAGGGCACCGAUGGCCUGAUUUGUGUGCGAUUUGGAAUGGUCACCCACGAGACGGAGGUCGAAGAACUGCUAGACUUGGUGGUCACGGUGGGCAAGAGCGUCCAGGAAAACUCGCGGGUAUUGGACACCAUGUCGGAGAUUGUUAAAAAGGGCAUUGAGGCGGUUACCGCAGAUCUGCAGCGCGAAUCGGAGGAGAAGCUCUGGCAGGAGGGCAUCCUGCGCCACGUGCCUGUGGUGGGACGCGUGUUCAACUGGUGGUCCCCACCGGCCAAGGAGUCGGGCAUCAAGGGGCGGAGCCUCAAUCUUACCCAAGGUGUUGUCGAAAGCACCGAGAACAUUUACAAGUACCACAUGCAGAUGACUGGUGCCACUGCACAUCAGUUGCCAGCGAAUCGUUCGCCUCCCACUCCAAUGGUGCAGACGCCCGUGGGCGCGCCCGCUUCGCCGCCAGUCUUUCCCACAGUGGAGCCCGUACCCGGAAACGGAACUGGAACGGACGAGGGCACGCCUGUGCAAUCGGGAGAAGCUUCGGGAUCGCCAGCAGGAGCCUCGGGAGCGACACCGCCAGCGGCACCGACACAAAACCAUGUGGAUCACGCCCGCACUGUUAGUCAGAGCAGUGCCGCCUCCUCCAACGUUCCCGAGCUAGUGGCCGCCAGCAGUGCAAUUAACAAUAAUUAACACGAGUACGAGUAUAUUUCAAAAAUAGUAUACCUAUAACUGAACAGCAGAUAACAACACACACUUAGAUCAAGGCAGAGCCAGCAAAAUGGAUUUCAAAGUGGGAGAGGCCUUAAAAGCAGCAAUAUCAAACAAGGCUUAAACAGAAACGCGUAGACGACAAAUACUGAACAGAUUACCAUAUAUGGACGGCUUCAUUUCCACUUUCCCUACUUAAACGAAAAACAAAAACAAUUCCAAAGAAGAGAUGAUUGUUCGCCCGAAAAGAUGAUAACGCAAAAUCCAAUUCAAUUGCUUUUAUGUAUUUAUAUAUCGCUAUUUCUAUGAUCUUUUUUUUAUAUAUCUCUAUUAUAUAUUAUAUUAUUUUACCUUAUACUUUACUCCCACCAUUGUUGUUGAUUAUGAUCAGAAAGAAAUGUGCGGAAUUUCGUCCCCUUUUCGCUUGUAUUUUUUGUAAUAAUUUACCUUAACAUUUGUUUGCCUUAAUUUGUAAUUAUUAUUCAGAUGCAAGUACCUUUGAGAGACAUAAUAUAUAGGCAAUUCUUCAAUGUUCAAUUGUGCGAAGCAAUAAAUUGCGCUAUUCUUAUUUGUUAAGCUAAGUGACAGCACACUAAAGAAAUUAAAGAAAACGAGGAAAAAGAAUAUAAUUAAAUGACAAAAAUAUAUUUAUUAUACAAAUUGCUGCUAUAAGAAGAAAUCUGCACAAAAUAUGAUAAAAGGAA